CGUGAUUGGUUGUAGAAAACAGGAACAGCAAACCCACUUUGCAGCUGUUGGUCACUAGAGAAGUCGAGAUGGAGUCAACAGCAUGGUUAGUUGCCGCCCUGGUCCUCCUGCCGAUCUACCAGGCAGCCUCCAUGUCGAAAAGGAAAAAUUACUAUCCCUAUUACAUGGAGGGAAACUGCGGAAAGACACUAUACACCGACGAAACAGGCGUAGUGGACGUCUAUCUUACCAAGAAUUUCGGAUACGAACCCCGCAGUUGUAACUUCACCGUGAAGACAAGGAACACCCGCCAUCAAGUCCAGGCGCAUAUCAUUCAGGUGGACACCAACCACCAGAAGUUCACCAGCUGCCAAACUUCGGACAAUCUCCAGUUGUAUUCGGUGAAUGAGGAUCGGAACAGACUCCUCACUGGGGAUGGUGUAUGCGGCACAGAGGUCAAUUCUCCACAUCAAAUGAUCGAGUCGGACCAGACGGCGAUGCUGUUGGCGUUUACGAGCCAGGGAAUAACGGAUGUGCCCUACAGGGGCUUCCAUCUCAGAAUCACGGAGUUCCAUCCAGCGGAAUGCCAACCAGACGAAUUUACCUGCGGGAACUACAAAUGUAUAAAGAGCUUCCUGACCUGUGAUGAUGUGGACAACUGUGGGGACAAGACCGAUGAAGACGGGGAUAUGGCGGGAUGCAAACUAAGCAGAAGACAUAGCAAACGAGAUGUCAAUUCUAAUGACGUCAUCACAAAAAAGGAAAUCAAUGAUAUGAUCAGAGCUCAUCCAGAACUCAGCAAGUCCACCGUAAUGGACUCGAACAACAAAACCGAUUCCAACGGCCUGGGUGGGACGGGGUCCAAAUUCACCAAUACCAUUCUCAUGAUAGUCGGGGUGACUGUGGGGUCAGUUCUCAUCAUAAUCUCAGUGGUGGCUUGCAUAGUGAAUAGGAGGUUAAAGACGGACAGGGUGGACAUAGCAAGGUCCAGCUUCACAUGGUCACAGACAAACGCACCCACGCUUGAGAGUCAGACAUUUGGAUACUGAUGCAGGGAUGUUGAAAGAGGUUCAUGAAAGUGGAGAUUAUUCAAAGGGAACACUGCGAUAUGGGAACACUAAUGCUCGUUUCAUUCGGUGUCUUCUAUUACAAAGUCACUAAACUUUGUUUUGUGAAGGGUAACACCGAGAUGUGGGGAGGUUAAGGCAUGCUUCAUUUCGUGACCGGUAUGAUAGGUGACAAAGCUAUUUCUGUCUGUUGACACAGAACACUGGAUUAUGGGAACGCUAUGGAACAGUUCUUUCUGUCUGAUCUAUUGAUAAGUUACAAAGCUCUUUCAGUCAAUUGAAGAGGAACCUUGGGAUUUUUUAACACUGAUGCAUUUUGUGUCCUCCAUGAUUAGACACAAAGCUAUUUCUGUCUAUUGAAGGAGAACACUUGGAUGUGGAAACACUAAUGCUGGUUUCAUUCAGUGUCCUCUAUGGUAAGACACAAAGCUAUUUCUGUCUAUUGAAGAACACUCGGAUAUGGGAACAUUAAUGCUGGUUUCAUUCAGUGUCCUCCAUGAUAAGACACAAAGCUAUUUCUGUCUAUUGAAGGAGAACACUGGGAUAUGGGAACACUAAUGCUGGUUUCAUUCAGUGUCCUCUAUGAUAAGACACAAAGCUAUUUCUGUCUAUUGAAGAACACUGGGAUAUGGGAACAUUAACGCUGGUUUCAUUCAGUGUCCUCCAUGAUAAGACACAAAGCCAUUUCUGUCUAUUGAAGGAGAACAGUGGGAUAUAGGAACACUGAAGCAUGUUCAUUGUGUGUCCCCUAUCAUAAGACACACAGCUCUUCCUGUUUAUCAAAGGACAUGGCAAUAUGAAAUUCAUUUCCAAUUAAUUGCUCGGUCCUCAUUCUUCUUUCAGAUCUUAUUCCUUUUGUCUGCUCUUGGGCGUCAGUAGGCAUGCAAAAUUUUGUUAGCAUCUUUAAAUCUAAGAACAUUUAUGUUAAGUUGUGCAAAGACAUUAUUAUAAACGGUAGUCGUUCAGCAAUUGGGAAAAGCUUCAAUUUUACUGUGAACAAGUAUAGGUGGGACCGAUUUGAGCUCCCAAGUUUACCCCAAAUGACUAAGGAUAUUGUACAAAGAAGUACUCAGAAUUGUAGUAUAGACUUGAGACUGGUGGCAGCCCAAAUUAAGGAGUUGCUAGGUAUUAGAGAGAAUGGGUUAGGUAUCUUGACGAUGAAUGAGAUUGUCGACAUCAUUUUUCAUCUGUGUGUUAAUUAAUUUCCACUUGUCAUUAUUGUAAUACGUCUAAUUAAUGCACGCACUAUACAUGUAAAUGCACUGCACCAUUAUGCACUAGGUUAAGAAGUGUACUCUUUUGAUGUACGAAUAAACAUACAUAUAUAUAUAUAAAAAUGCAAAAUGAUGCACCACUCAAAAGCAUUUACU